UGGAGCAAUAAAAAACAGCGCACGCGCUGCGAGCCACGUCUGGCUGCCCUUACGGGCCGUCCCCGCGAAGCUUGUCUGUGGUUUUGCCGUCUUGGCAGAUCGGAUCCCUCGCCCAAUAUGUUACAAUCGUUUGUUGUUGUACUGCUAGCCGGCCUGGCCACGACCGGCCUCACCGCGCCCGCCCCCACGCCCACCACCACGCCUGUCGCGACGCCGGCGCCGCGAAUCGCCAACGGCCUCGCGCCGCAAGUGCGGGCCCCUGAGCCGACGCCGCCGCCGCGGGCGCAGGGCCUCAGCCAGCGCGGCCUCGGCGACGACGUCAAGAGCUACGUCGACGGUCUCAUCAGCGACGUCGGCAGCAAGGUCUCGUCGUUUGUCAACUCGGGCAUCCUCGACUUCCCCAAUGGCUUCCCCACGGGCUCGCAGGUCGAGAAGUCGGCCGGUGUGUCCAAGACGGACCUGGACGCGCAGCCGACGCAGGUGCUCAACCUCCCGGCGUACGCGAACUGGACGAACAAGGGCUGGAACGUCCGCGUCCACGGAAAUGUGUACAAGAUCCCCAACAUCACCCAGAAGAAGAUUGACGACCUCGCCAACGUCUUCCUCAUCGACACGAGCGUCGACAAGCUGUCCCCGACGGAGCAGGAGCAGGCGCGCAACUUGACGCGGUCCAUCUUCGUCGUCCAGCAGGGCGACGAGAACGUCACCAUCGACUUUGUCAACGACGUGUCGGUGAGCCCUGACGAGACAGGAGGCGCCGUCAAUGCUGAAGGUGGCGCGCAGAGCGUCAAAUUGCCGUAUAAGACGACGGCGGAGGGCGACUUCGACGUCUUCCUGGAGUUACGCAACACGACCGGGCCAAAGGGCGGCCACCUGAUUCCCGGAAACGAAACGUCGCGCAUCCAGACGCUCAACAUGUACGCUAAUGGUACCAACAGCGGCAACGCGACGGCGUAUCUCGUGCCGCCGACCGGCAUGACCGUCAUCUCGGACAUUGACGACAUCCUCCGCGUGACCAAGAUUUACCAGCCCAAGGAGGGCCUGCUCAACACGUUCGCGCGGCCUUUUACUCCCUGGAUGGACAUGCCUGCAGUCUAUGCGAACUGGUCAGAGUCCAUCGACAACAUGCACUUCCACUACCUCACCACCACACCCGAACAGGCGACGCGCAACUACAUGGACUUCAUCUACAAGACGUACCCGCUCGGCUCCUUCGAUACGCGGCCGCUCAACUUUUCCGAUGUAUCGGCGACGCUGCACAUCCGGAGAUUCCUGCUCGACAAAAUCUUCCACACGUUUCCCCAAAGAAAGUUCGUCUUGGUUGCCGACACUUCCAACAGCGACGUGAUGAAGGCGUACCCUGCGCUCUACAAGGACUACCCGGGCCAGGUCCAGUGCAUCCUGCUGCGCAACACAAGCUCCACGGAUUCGGGCGACAAAUUCCCCUACGACACGUCUGGAUUCAAGGACAUUCCGCAGGAACGGUACAUGUUCUUCAGAGUACCAGAUGACCUGACCCGUCUCGACAUCGCCAACGGGCAUUGCUUAAACAGCACCAUUCCGCAGAACGUGACGUUCAAGGAACAAGGCCUGCCUUUUGGGCUUGGCCAAGGCAGCGGGGCGGGCCGGCAUGGCUCGAUCCCGCCGAUCUUUGCGAUGGCAGUUGUGCUGGCCGCAACCAUUGGGGCGGCUCUGAUGUGAUGACACUUUUGGAAGACGCUCGGCCGCGGAGGAAGCGUCGUGAUUGAAGGUGGGCGCGUGCUGUUGAUGGUUGUACGUACGCUGUUGGAUAUCUUCGCCCCUGUGACCUCAUUGCUGUUCUUGUUCUCCUUUUCCCAUUUGUUGGCUCGAUGCACGGCUGCGCAUCUGCAAGGCUCGAACGAUGUGUCGAUUGCAUGGCCCGGAUGGCAUCCCCGUGGACCGCUGUGCCAAUACAGCGCCAGUGAGAGGGCGGUCUGCAGGCACGGUCAGAGGCAGUUGGCGAUGGCGGCAGAUGACAGGACGGGGUCUUGGAGAGCAAGGCCCUCACCGGUCAUGCAAGUGGCCAGUGUUAGCUCACGUCAAAGUACCGAUACUUCCCCGUUCUAGCCGCUGCGGGUCGGCACCACGGCUCGUGAGAUCGGACUUGGGAACGGGGCCGCCGCUCUUCAACAUGUACUGUACUUAUUUCUGCUUUCCACCAUUCAACUUAUUUCCCAGC